AGAUGCAUGAAGAUUCAGCUGUGAAGAUACUAUAAAAAGAGAAGAGAAGUGAUGAGACCGAAGCAACACGAAAUUGCCAGUACUGAGCAGGGCUAAAGUCAGUUUGAUUACUAAGCAAGGAGAAACAAGAGAUAUACUGAAUUAACAUCUUGCUGCAGCUGCAGAGAAUGAGGACAUACCACUACCUGGCAUUAUUCAUGUGGACCUGUAUGCUCUACACAGUUGAUGCCAUUCCGUUACAAGAAAGAACUAACAAUUAUUUACCUAUCAAAAAGACAGUGGAUUUGACAAGAGAUAAUGGUAAAUUGUUACGUCGCAGCAAACGAGGUUGGAUGUGGAAUCAAUUCUUCUUACUAGAAGAGUACACAGGUUCAGAUACACAGUAUGUAGGAAAGCUUCACACUGAUCAAGAUAAAGGAGACGGAAACUUAAAAUAUAUAUUGACAGGAGAUGGGGCUGGCAGUUUGUUCAUCAUAGAUGAAAAUACUGGAGACAUUCAUGCUGCAAAGAAAUUAGACAGAGAAGAAAAAUCCCUGUACAUUCUUCGUGCCAAGGCCAUAGAUAGAAAGACUGGGCGGCAGGUGGAACCUGAAUCUGAAUUUAUCAUUAAAAUCCAUGAUAUCAAUGACAAUGAACCAAAAUUCACAAAAGACUUAUAUACUGCCAGUGUUCCUGAAAUGUCUGGAGUUGGGACAUCUGUUAUUCAAGUGACUGCAACAGAUGCAGAUGAUGCCAACUAUGGAAAUAGUGCCAAAGUGGUGUACAGCAUAUUGCAAGGACAGCCAUAUUUCUCAGUGGACCCAGAAUCAGGCAUAAUAAAAACUGCAUUACCAGACAUGAGUAGAGAAAAGAGAGAGCAGUACCAGGUGGUUAUACAGGCCAAAGACAUGGGGGGCCAGAUGGGAGGCCUCUCGGGAACCACCGUAGUGAACAUUACGCUGACAGACGUCAACAACAACCCUCCCCGAUUCCCUCAAAGUACCUAUCACUUUAGUUCUCCUGAGUCUGUACCUCUGGGAACUCCUCUGGGAAGAAUAAAAGCCAAUGACCCCGAUGUGGGGGAAAAUGCUGAGAUGCAGUACAAUAUUGGUGAAGGAGAUGGCGCUGACAUGUUUGAUGUCAUCACUGACCAGGAUACACAGGAAGCCAUUAUAACUGUCAAACAGAAUUUAGAUUUUGAAAAGAAAAUGUUGUAUACUUUAAGAGUGGAUGCAAGUAACACUCAUCCUGAUCCAAGAUUCUUGCACUUGGGACCUUUCAAAGACACAGCGAUGGUCAAAAUAUCUGUGGAAGACGUAGAUGAACCUCCAGUGUUCAGCAAAAGAUCUUACUUGAUAGAAGUAGAUGAAGAUGUAAAGGAAGGUAGCAUCAUUGGCCAGGUGACUGCGUAUGAUCCAGAUGCCAUGAACAAUUUAAUAAAAUACACUGUCGACCGACACACUGAUAUGGACCGAAUUUUUAAUAUCCACUCGGAAAAUGGCUCUAUUUUCACUUUGAAACCCCUUGACCGAGAAUCAUAUCCUUGGCACAACAUCACCGUUACAGCCACAGAAAUAAACAACUCAAAACAAAGUAGUCAUGUGCCUGUCUUCAUCAGAAUUUUAGAUAUAAAUGACCACGCGCCGGAAUUUGCUACCUACUAUGAAACCUUUGUCUGUGAAAAUGCAAAACCUGGCCAGCUGAUUCAGACUGUUAGCGUCAUGGACAGAGACGACCCUCCGAGAGGACAUAAAUUCUUCUUUGAACCAGUGCCUGAAUUCCCCCUCAAUCCUAACUUCACCAUCGUAGACAACAAAGAUAAUACGGCUGGGAUUAUGACUCGGAGGGAUGGCUACAGCCGCAGCAAAAUGAGCACCUAUCUGUUGCCAAUUUUAAUCUUUGACAAUGAUUAUCCCAUUCAAAGCAGCACUGGCACGCUCACUAUCCGGGUGUGUGCUUGUGACCAUCAGGGGAACAUGCAAUCCUGCAACGCCGAGGCCUUGAUCCUCUCGGCAGGCCUGAGCACAGGGGCUCUAGUUGCCAUUCUCUUGUGUGUCCUAAUACUGUUAAUUUUAGUUGUGUUGUUUGCUGCUUUGAAGAGGCAAAGAAAAAAGGAACCACUGAUAUUUUCCAAAGAUGAUGUGAGGGACAACAUUGUGACCUACAACGAUGAAGGGGGUGGGGAGGAAGACACCCAAGCAUUUGACAUCGGCACGUUAAGGAAUCCUGAAGCAAGAGAAGACAGUAAACUUAGAAGGGAUGUAAUGCCUGAAACGAUUUUUCAGAUAAGGAGGACUGUGCCUUUGUGGGAAAAUAUUGAUGUACAAGAUUUUAUCCACCGAAGAUUAAAAGAAAAUGAUUCAGACCCAAGCGCGCCUCCGUACGAUUCCCUGGCAACCUAUGCCUAUGAGGGGAAUGAUUCCAUUGCAGAUUCCCUCAGUUCUUUGGAAUCUCUUACAGCAGAUUGCAACCAAGAUUAUGAUUACCUCAGCGACUGGGGGCCUCGUUUUAAAAAAUUGGCAGAUAUGUAUGGGGGUGAUGACAGUGACCGAGACUAAAAGUGUUAAUCUGACUGGAUCAAUUUUAGUGCAAAUACUGUCUGUGUUACUAGACUGAGUGGCCUGCACUCUCUUUCUGGGAGGAAAUAAAAUAAAAUCACAAACAAUACGUAGGUGUUGUCUUAGUAAAGGUUUCCUUAAUCAGUAAGUUUCUAUGAAUGAAUACGAAUGAAAUAGGCUAAAUAAUGAUAAUAUUAACCAGUUCACCCUCCUUGCCUAACACUCUCUGACGUAUAUCACAUAAAUAAUCAAUAAAAAUAUUUAAAAGGCUUUUUGUGCCUUUUCUUAGAUAUAGGUACUUUAUACAUGUUUUCCUAAUUGACUUAUAUUCACCUUUACUAUUAAAUGAAACUUGUGCAAUUGCUUUGUAAGCUACUAUGGAAAUAUAUAUAUAUAUAUCUCCCUAAUGAACUAGGAAUGACUAUUACUGCCAUAUUUAUUUAGUUGAAGAAUGUCUUUGUGUUAAUUCAUUCAUAUUUUUAUAAAUGUAUAUUUAUAUUUUUGUAUUUUUAUGAAAUAAACCAGUAUUUAUAA